ACCCCAGGCCCGUCCUGGGCGGUCGGGGCUGCCGGAGAGGCCCCACGGCGGCGUUUGAGGCCCGGAGAAGGGGCUGUAAAGGGGCCUGAGGAGGGAGGGCCCUGCCAGAGACCGGGGCUGGGAGGUGUCGUUAAUUCACUUUCCCAAAAGGCUGGUUUGCAAAUGGAGAAUUCUGGCCCCUCGAGGAGUGAGGCAGUGAUGGCGGACUGCUACACAGAGCUGGAGAAGGCGGUGGUAGUUCUGGUGGAAAACUUCUACAAAUACGUGUCUAAGUACAGCCUGGUCAAGAACAAGAUCAGCAAGAGCAGCUUCCGAAAGAUGCUUCAGCACGAGCUCAACCACAUGCUGACGGACACGGGGAACCGAAAGGCUGCUGACAAGCUCAUCCAGAACCUGGACGCCAACCACGAUGGACGCAUCAGCUUUGACGAGUACUGGACCUUGAUAGGAGGCAUCACCAGCCCCAUCGCCAACCUCAUCCGCGAGCAGGAGCAGCAGAGCAGCAGCUAAAGACCCCCCACCGUCCCCUCAUGGCACUGCCCCCAUGCCCGGCCCCUCGUGCUCUUCCCAGCCUCCUGCCCAUCCAGGCCCUGCCCUCACUUCUCCCUCCAGACCUUCUGUUGAUCAUUGCUGAACAGGGGGAGGGGGGAUGUCAGGGCCUCUUUGUGAGCAUAUCUCAGUCUGGGGGUGCCUACCUCAGGGUCUCAGUCCCUGGAGCCAGCAGACGCUGGGCAUCCAGGCCCUCAGUGCUGUUUGGGUAACCCGAGUUUCCUCAGUCCAUCUACCCUGCCAACAUCUGACGUUCCUGCCUAAUUCUGAGUCUCUCUUGACCUCUGGAGGUCAGCUCGCUGCUCCAGGUCUUCCCGCUCCUGGCAUAAGCACCAGAGACAUCUCCCCUUCCCCUCAGCCCCUGGGCUGGGAAAGGACUUUCUGGGACUGCCCUCCAGCUAGCUGCCUCUGGGUCUGGGAAGAGAUAAGCAGGGUUGAGCCCUCUCCCUCCUCCUCAGCCCCUGAAGCAUGGCAAUAAAGGCUGGAUUUGAAAUUUGUGUCCCCCUCA